AUGAAGCCCAUUGUGGUUGAGCUUCCAUCUCCCACCGUGAAGCCCAUCGUGCUGAGCUGGCCCAUCUUCUCCACCAUUGAACCCAAUCGUGGUUGGCUGCCAUCUCUCCACCAAGUAAGCCCAUCGGGCUUGAGCUGCCCAUCUCUCCACCAGUGAAGCCCAUCAUGGUUGAGCUCCCAUCUCUCCCCAGUGAAGCCCAUCGUGGCUGAGCUGCCCAUCUCUCACCAGUGAGCCCUCAUGGUUUGAGCGACCCAUCUCUCCACCAGUGAAGCCCAUUGUGGGACGCUGCCCAUCUCUCCACCAGUGA